GAGAAAGGGAAGGGAAGGGAAGGGAAGGAGAUCAAUCCGAUUGGGGCUAAUCUGGAUGGAGAAUAUCAGCGGCGGCGGGAUCGUGUAUUGGAUGGCGGAGCACCAGGCCAUCGUCGGCUUUCGGUGGAGCCACGCCCAGUCCUGGGGCUCCACCUGGUCCUUCCUCGUCUCCUCCCUCGCCGCCUACGCCCUCCUCGCUGUCGCCUUCCACCUCUUCGUCCGCCUCCUCCGCCUCAAGCCCCUUCCGCUCGGCCCCCUCCCCGCCCUCCACUCCCUCGCCAUGGCCCUCGCCUCCGCCGCCAUUUUCCUAGGCCUCGUCCUCUCCGUCGCCGCCGAGAUCCGCGACACCCGUUGGUACUGGCGCGGCCGCUCCCGCACCACCCCGAUGCAGUGGCUCCUCUGUUUCCCCAUCGGCACCCGCCCCUCCGGCCGCGUCUUCUUCUGGUCCUACGCCUUCUACCUCUCCCGCUUCAUCCACCUCCUCCGCACCUUCAUCAACAUCCUCCGCCGACGCCGCUGCGCCCUCGCCGCGGUGUUCCGCCACUCCGCCUUCGUCUGCAUGUCCUUCCUCUGGCUCGAGUUCUCGCAGUCCUUCCAGGUGGUCGCCAUCCUCUCCGCCACGCUCACCCAGGCCAUCGUCUUCGGCUACCGCUUCUGGGUCGGCGUCGGCCUCCCGGUCGCCGCCAGGAGCCGGGCCGUUCUCGUGCUCGCCUGCCAGGUCGCGCUCACCGGCUGCAACCUCGUCUGCCACCUCGGCUUCCUGUUCCUCCACUUCGCCAAGGGCGGAUGCAACGGCAUCGGCGCUUGGGUUUUCAACUCCGUUCUCAAUGCCGCGCUGCUCUUCCUCUUCGUCGACUUCUACGUUAAGACGGAGGUGAGGAGGAACAAAGACGAACUCACGAAGGACGACGGCGGGAGCCACCACCUCCACCACUCCGGUUCUGAACGCCAUCACCACACUAAACCUCUUCCCUUCGAAGCAAAAAAAGGAACCUAGUUUCUAAGCUCUCUCCUCUGUACAGCAUCGGGUAACAAACAAACACUGUCAUAUUUUUUUUCCCAUUAAAUGAUCAUUUUUUCUUGCAAUAAAUGCAAUGAAACAAUUGCGGUUUAGAUUA